UUUGAAUAUGGCGGUUUUCCUAGUGUUGUGUGUCACUGACACAGAACUGUCCAACUGUCCCGCGCACGCCCAGAUUGCCUCUUUCGGAACAGUUUCCAUCUUGAUCACAUAUUAUCAGAUACAGUCUGCCGGCAGCAAACCGCCCGUAUCACGAUGGCCGAUAUCGAUGACACCCACUUCGAGACCGGAGACUCCGGCGCCUCGGCCACCUACCCCAUGCAAUGUUCCGCUCUGCGCAAGAACGGGUUCGUUAUGUUAAAAGGCAGACCGUGUAAAAUUGUUGAAAUGUCCACUUCAAAGACCGGCAAACACGGACACGCCAAAGUUCACUUGGUCGGUAUCGAUAUAUUCUCAGGUAAAAAAUAUGAAGAUAUUUGUCCUUCUACGCACAACAUGGACGUGCCCCAUGUUAAACGCGAAGACUACCAAUUGACCGACAUCUCCGACGACGGCUAUCUCUCCCUCAUGUCAGACAACGGCGAUCUGCGCGAGGACCUCAAAGUGCCGGAAGGCGAGGUCGGUGCGCAGCUGCGUACGGAAUACGACGCCGGCAAAGACAUACUCUGUACCGUAUUGAAGUCUUGCGGCGAAGAGGUAGUGAUCGCGGUGAAAACAAAUACCGCGCUGGAUAAAUAAUGUCAUGGAACCCUGGCGGGGGCCCCGUAAAUCGAGUACAUGAGCGCGGUACCACUACCAAGUCCGUAGGUCCCCGCCGUUAAACCUAAGCUACACUUAUAUUUGUAUUGGACCAGUUGUGUAAAACAAAACAGCUUACCUAAAACAAACAAAAAAAUAAAUAAAUAAAACUAAAUAAAAAACGUUGGAGUGCCGCCGCCGCCCCGGUUCGCCCGACCCGGCCUGACGGGGAGUAAGAGGGGGGGGGGGGGGGGGCGGUGGAUGUGGUGUUUUAAAAAAUAAUAAAAAAAAAUAUCCUUGCGUCUCUGUAUACUUUUUCGUUGGCCAACCAAAAUAAAUAAAUAAAUAAACAAAAAUGCAAUGCAACCGCAAAAAAAACAGCUGUACCAGUUCAAUAAACUUUGUUUAAUUUUAAAAAACGUUUAUUGUAAAUUUUUUAAGUCACUUUUUUUACCGUCUCGUAUUUUAGAAACACCUUUUUCUGCGUGCGUUUUUUUCCUCUUGCGGGACAAUCGUUUUUUGAUACUUUUUACGUUUUGGAUAUUUUCCGGCUCAGUUCCAGACAGAAUUAGGUGAUUCUAGACGUUCUUGUUGACAUAAUUUAAAUGAAUAAUAAAGUAUAGCAUUUUUUAAAAGACUUGUUUUUGAUAUAUUGUUUUCGAGUAGGUUGGAUUUUUUUUAGGGCCUUUUCGACCGCAGGGUCGGUUUGCGCAAUAAUUUUUAACGGAAAUUGGAUGAAAAUAUAAAAAUGACAUUCGA